GUGUCGGUGGGCAGGUGGGGGAACUAAGGCUUUGCCAGGAGCAGGGGACUCGGUGGGAACUGUUCCACUGAUACCCCCAGUGUGUAGCACUGCCUACUACCCUGACCAGGGAUGGGUGGGAACCAUGUCCCCCAGUUUCCAGGUCGGAAGCUGAGUCUGGGAGGUGCAUGACAACUUCAGGGACUGGGCAGGAAGCACCCUCUGUCUGGGCCCCCCUCUUCCUGUCUCUGGGGCUGGGGUGGGGAGCAGCCCUAGUUCGGGGGAGUCAAGAGCCUCUGCCUAGCCAACCUUGGGCGUUGGUCUCUGACCGCCAUGCAGAGCCUGUGUGUUGGGGGGGUACCACGAACUGCACCCUGCUUCAGUCUGCCUGGGUGAGUGGGGUGCGGAGCCCACUCCAUGGGGCAGCUGGGGUUCGCAUCUGUGCCCAUGCAUCCUCCCUUGUGAGCCCCGUUCUGUUUGUUGUCAUGGACCCAAGUGUCAAGUGGGACGGGCCUUGGCUGGGAAGGCCUCUGGUGGGGCCAGGACUCAGGCCCUUCCUCACCCGCUGGAGGUGUGAUCAUCCAUCUCGCAGCUGAGGACAUUGAGGUCAGGGGGCUGGGCAUGCAGCAGGGACAGAGCUGGAGACUGCCUUGGGUGGGCCUCGGGUGGGAGUUGUGCCUUGGAGAUACCCCCGCCUCCCUGCAGACUGUGGAGCAUGGCUUCCCCAACCAGCCCAGUGCGCUGGCCUUUGACCCUGAGCUUCGUAUCAUGGCCAUUGGCACCCGAUCUGGGGCCGUCAAGAUCUACGGUGCCCCUGGUGUGGAGUUCACGGGCCUGCACCGAGAUGCAGCCACUGUCACCCAGAUGCAUUUCCUGCCUGGUCAGGGUCGAGUCCUGACCCUGCUGGAUGACGACAGCCUCCACCUGUGGGAAAUCGUCCACCAUGAUGGCUGCGCCCACCUGGAGGAAGCCCUACGAUUCCAGGCACCCAGUCGGCCUGGCUUUGACGGUGCCAGCGGCCUGCCCAGCCUCGCCCACAUCACAGUGGUCCUGCUGGUGGCUGCGGGUGACAUGGCUGCCCUGGGCACGGAGGGCGGAAGCAUCUUCUUCCUGGAUGUUCCCACCCUGACGCUGCUUGAGGGGCAGACUCUGGGCCCGGACGAGGUUCUGCGAAGCGUGCCUGAUGACUACCGAUGUGGGAAGGCACUGGGCCCCGUGGAGUCACUCCAGGGACACCUGCGGGACCCCACCAAGAUCCUUAUCGGCUACAGCCGGGGCCUGCUGGUCAUCUGGAACCAGGCCGCUCGCUGUGCCGAGCGCAUCUUCCUGGGGAACCAGCAGCUGGAGAGCGUGUGCUGGGAGCGCAGUGGCCACACGGUGGUCAGCUCGCACAGUGACGGCAGCUACGCCAUCUGGGCUGCGGACACCGGCGACUCCCCAACGGCGCAGCCCACGGUGGCCACCACGCCCUAUGGACCCUUCCCCUGCAAAGCCAUCAACAAGGUCCUGUGGCGAACCUGUGCGUCUGGCGAGCACUUCGUCAUCUUCAGCGGUGGCAUGCCCCGCGCCAGCUAUGGUGACCGCCACUGCGUGAGCGUGCUGCAGGCCGAAACCCUGGUGACACUGGACUUCACCUCCCGUGUCAUUGACUUCUUCACCGUGCAUAGCACGCGGCCCGAGGAUGAGUUCGACGAGCCGCAGGCCCUCGCAGUGCUGCUCGAAGAGGAGCUGGUGGUGCUGGACCUGCAGACGCCCGGCUGGCCGGCUGUGCCCGCCCCGUACCUGGCCCCCCUGCACUCGUCCGCCAUCACCUGCUCAGCCCACGUCGCCAAUGUCCCCGCCAAGCUGUGGGCCCGCAUCAUGAGCGCUGGCGAGCAGCAGAACCCCCAGCCAGCCUCUGGGGCCUCGAGCUGGCCCAUCACUGGGGGCCGGAACCUGGCUCAGGAGCCAUCCCAGCGAGGCCUGCUGCUGACUGGCCACGAGGACGGCACAGUGCGCUUCUGGGAUGCCUCCGGCGUGGCCCUGCGACCGCUCUACAAGCUGAGCACCGCCGGCCUCUUCCAGACGGACUGUGAGCAUGCCGACAGCCUGGCCCAGGCCGCCGAGGACGACUGGCCGCCCUUCCGCAAGGUGGGCUGCUUUGACCCCUACAGUGAUGACCCGCGGCUCGGCGUGCAGAAGGUGGCGCUCUGCAAGUACACGGCCCAGAUGGUGGUGGCAGGCACUGCGGGUCAGGUGCUGGUGCUGGAGUUGAGUGACGCGCCGGCAGAGCAGGCGGUGGGCGUGGCCAGCCUGGACCUGCUGCAGGACCGGGAGGGCUUCACGUGGAAAGGCCACGAGCGGCUGAGCCCACGCCUGGGACCGCUGCCCUGGCCAGCUGGCUUCCAGCCCCGCGCGCUCAUCCAGUGCCUGCCACCAGCCGCUGUCACGGCCGUCACGCUCCACGCUGAGUGGGGCCUCGUGGCCUUUGGGACCAGUCACGGCUUUGGCCUCUUUGACUACCUGCGCAGGAGCCCCGUGCUGGCCAGGUGUACCCUGCACCCCAGCGACUCCCUGGCUAUGGAGGGGCCACUGUCCCGCGUGAAGUCGCUCAAGAAGUCAUUGCGCCAGUCCUUCCGGCGCAUCCGCAAGAGCCGUGCGUCGGGCAAGAAGCGCAUGGUCGCUGGCAGCAAGUUGCAGGAGGCCAACGCGCAGCUGGCGGAGCAGGCUGGUCCCCAGGAUGUGGAGGUGACGCCCGUGCAGCGCCGCAUUGAGCCCCGCUCGGCCGACGACUCCCUCUCGGGUGUUGUGCGCUGUCUCUACUUUGCAGACACCUUCCUUCGAGAUGCGGCCCACCACGGCCCCACCAUGUGGGCAGGCACCAACUCGGGCUCUGUGUUUGCCUAUGCACUGGAGGUGCCAGCGGCAGCAGUGGGCAGUGAGAAGCGGCCAGAGCGGGCGGUGGAGGCCGUGCUGGGCAAGGAGGUGCAGCUGAUGCACCGUGCCCCCGUGGUGGCCAUUGCAGUGCUGGAUGGGCGUGGCCGUCCACUGCCAGAGCCCUACGAAGCCUCGCGGGACCUGGCGCAGGCGCCUGACAUGCAGGGCGGCCACGCUGUGCUCAUCGCAUCUGAGGAGCAGUUCAAGGUGUUCACGCUACCCAAAGUGAGCGCCAAGACCAAGUUCAAGCUGACAGCCCAUGAGGGCUGCCGCGUGCGCAAGGUGGCCCUAGCUACCUUUGCCAGUGUUGCCUGCGAGGACUACGCGGAGACCUGCCUGGCCUGCCUCACUAACCUGGGUGACGUGCACGUGUUCUCGGUGCCGGGCCUGCGGCCCCAGGUGCACUAUGCCUGCAUCCGCAAGGAGGACAUCAGCGGCAUCGCCUCCUGCGUGUUCACGCGGCACGGCCAGGGUGAGGCGGGCCGGUGGCUGCAGUCAGGGCUUCUGGGAGGUGGGGACAUGGCCCCUUACUGUGCUUCCCGCCCCCUCCUAGGGUUUUACCUGAUUUCCCCCUCGGAGUUUGAGCGCUUCUCCUUGAGCGCCCGGAACAUCACCGAGCCACUCUGCUGUCUGGACGUCCAUUGGCCCCGAGAUGCCACACGGGUCAGCCACAGGUCCCGAGAGUCGCCCAAGCUGAACCAGGCUAACGGGACCCCGGGCAUCAUCUUGGCCCCACAGAGUUGUGAUGGAAGCCCUGAUCCCAUCUGCAAGGGGGCUGACACCCCAGAGCCAGCUGAGGCCAUGCUCUCACCUAUGUCCAUUGACUCGGCCACCAGUGCUGACACCACGCUGGACACAACAGGGGACAUGACGGUGGAGGAUGUAAAGGAUUUCCUGGGCUCCUCAGAGGAAUCUGAGAAGAACCUGCGGAACCUGUCAGAAGAGGAGGCUCGAGCCUGCGCCAUCCUGAUCAAAUGAGGCUGCAGGUGCGCAGCCUGGUGCCCUUGAGUCAGUACCUCCUCCAACCUCUCCCAACACAGACGCUGUGGCUCCUUCUGUUGCUGGGGUCACUGCUGCCCCCUCCCUAGCCUCGGGGUUCAGGCUGUCACUGCAGGACCCUAGCCUCCCAUCCUGGAGACUGAGUGGUGGCAUGCAUGUGGCCAGGCCGCCUGCCCCGUUGGACCUCCCUGGCCUUCUGCUGAUCUUGUUUCUCUCUGCUAGGGAGGCCAGAACUGCCAGGUCACCCCCACCCUGCUCGGAGCUGGAGCCAGGGGCCCAGUCCACCAAGUAGACCUGCACCUGCUAACUUCAGGCUCCUGUGGGGCCUGCCGGCCUGGCCCUGAGCCUCAGGGACUCCACCAGGCCCAGCCUUCAGGCAGAGGCCACCCGGGAGGUCAGGCGCCACAGGGGAGGCCGCAGGGCCCACGGCUACCACCUCCCAGGCCAUGUGCCGUCCUCCCCCUCUCCUUUUGCAAAGAGUAUUUUUCUAACGCCUGUGCCGGGCACCACAGUCAUUUCUAAAACUAUUUUGGUACUUGCUCCUGGGCCAGCACCCCCUUAAACCCCCUGCUGUGUGCAAGUGUGUGUGUAAGAGCUCCACUCGGCAACCAGGACUGAGGCCUGGCUGUGUGUGCGUGUGUAUGUGUGUGUGUGUGUGGGGGGGUUAGGAUGGGUUUCCUGUAGAUUGUACUCUAGGGGACUUUUUUUCUGUCAUUUUUGUUAAAAUUAGUGUUUUAAAAUUAAAAAUACUGAUUUUUAAUAUUGAAAAUAAAAGCAUUUAAUAUCUCUUAAAGGGCAGCCA